AUGGAGGCGGCGUGGCGCCAGGCCGGCCGGGGCAGGGGCCGAGCCCGGGCCGGCGGCCAGGCCGGGAAUGGGCUCUGUGCCCGCGGGGGAGCUAGCGGCGGCGCCGCCCGGCCCGGGCCCGGCCGGGGGAGCGGAGGGGGCACUGCCUGUAUCUCGCUCACCGGCAGCAGCUCCCUGGGAGCCAGUGAAUUAUCUUCUCAGAAGAAAUUUGAUGAAAUUAAGAAGGCUAAUCAAGCGGCAGCAAAAAAGUUUGUUGAAGACCAGUUUAGUUCCUCUUCUGAAGAAGAUGAAGAUAUUGAAGGAAAACAUGGAAAAAUAUUGGCCAAAACAUUUACAACUUAUACUAAUCAAACUGAUGGAGAUGCAAGUGAACUAGAACGUACAAGACAAUAUGUGAAUGAAGCAUUUCAGUCUGGGGCUUUGACAUGCUUGAUUUGCAUUGCUUCAGUUAAGAGAAACCAAGCUGUCUGGAGCUGUUCUGGAUGUUUCUGUAUAUUUCACAUGCCGUGCAUCCAAAAGUGGGCUAAGGACAGCCUUUUUCUUAUAUCUUCUCCCUUGACAGAUGAUGAUUUUGGGAAGAAAGAUUAUCCAUGGCCUUGUCCAAAAUGUAGGUUCGAGUACAAACGAUCUGAAACUCCCACUAGAUACUACUGCUACUGUGGGAAGGUAGAAGAUCCAGAGUUGGACCCAUGGCUGGUACCUCACUCAUGUGGCCAAGUAUGUGAGAGGGAAUUUAAACCUCCAUGUGGGCAUAAGUGCCUACUGCUCUGUCACCCGGGUCCUUGUCCUCCUUGCCCAAAGAUGGUCGCAAUAGCCUGUUACUGUAAGAAGGCUAAACCAGUGCCGCGAAGGUGCAGUACCAAAGAAUGGUCAUGUCAGCUGCCAUGUGGUCGAAAACUGCCAUGUGGACAGCACACUUGUGAGAACCCUUGUCACCCAGGAAAUUGUCAGUCUUGCCCACGAGUCAGUAAACAAAGGUGUGUCUGUGGUAGACAAAUAGCAGAAAGACUUUGCGCAAGUCCAUUUUGGCAGUGUGAGCAGGUGUGUGGGAGAACUUUGCCUUGUGGUAAUCACACAUGUGAACAAGUUUGUCACUCUGGUCCCUGUGGAGAAUGUCCUCGAUCUGGGAAAAGGCCCUGUCCAUGUGAGAAAUCAAUGUUUUUUUUGCCUUGUACGGAAGAUGUACCUACUUGUGGAGAUAGUUGUGACAAAGUUCUUGAAUGUGAAAUCCAUAGGUGUUCUCAGCGUUGUCAUCGAGGUCCCUGUGAAAUUUGUAGACAGGAAGUUGAAAAGCAGUGUCGUUGUGGAAAGCAUACUAAACGCAUGCCGUGUCAUAAACCGUAUCUCUGUGAGACAAAGUGUACUAAAAUUCGUGAUUGCCAGAAGCACCAAUGUAAGAGAAAGUGUUGUUCUGGAAACUGUCCACCUUGUGAUCAACUCUGCGGACGGACUUUAGGAUGUAGAAAUCACAAGUGUCCUUCGGUUUGCCACAGAGGUAGUUGCUACCCAUGUCCGGAGACAGUAGAUGUGUUGUGCAAUUGCGGUAAAACUGUUCUUAAAGUACCCUGUGGCAGAGAACGUAGCACCAAGCCUCCAAAAUGCAAAAAGCUGUGCAGUCGGCCACCAACCUGCCAUCACCCCAGCCAAGAGAAACACAGUUGUCACUUUGGCCCUUGCCCUGCAUGUCGUCAGUCCUGCCAGAAAGUGUUAAAGUGCAGUCACUUGUGUCCUGCUUCUUGCCAUGAUGAAGCUCUUGUGAAGCAAACUGGCUUGCACCAACCUGCUGGUCCCUGGGAACAGCCAUCUGAGCCAGCUUUUAUUCAGACUGCAUUACCUUGCCCCCCGUGUCAGGUUCCUAUACCAACGGAAUGUCUUGGGCAGCAUGAGGUGAGUCCUUUACCAUGUCACUCUGCGGGCCCCUACUCAUGUAAAAGAUUUUGUGAACGGCUGCUUGAUUGUCAGAAUCAUACCUGCAUGAAGGAAUGUCAUAAAUUUACCAAAGUAAAUGGUAAUGCUGACAGGCAAAAGGCUAGUCCAGAAUGUUCUCAGUGUGAGGAGGCGUGUACCAAACCGCGACCACCAGGCUGCCCUCACUCGUGCAUUUUGCCCUGUCAUCCUGACCAAUGUCCACCAUGUGUCCAAAUGCUUAAAAUAAAGUGUCACUGCAAACUCACAAACCUGUAUAUUGAAUGCAUAAAAAUAACUUGUGCUGACUUAAAAGAAAAGGAUCUUCUCAGUUCCUGCAAAAAUCAGUGUCCAAAAGAGUUGUCCUGUGGUCAUCGAUGUAAAGAGAUUUGCCAUUCGGGUGAUUGUCCUCAAAAUUGCAACCAGAAGGUUAAACUCCGAUGUCCAUGCAAGAGAAUGAAAAAGGAAUUACAAUGCAGCAAGGUACAAGAAGGCCAGGUUUCACUAGAAUGUGACUCCUUGUGUAAGGAAAUGAAACGGAAAGCAUCUGAGAUAAAAGAGGCAGAAGCCAAAGCUGCUAUUGAAGAAGAAAAGCGAAGGCAACAGGCUGAACUAGAGGCUUUUGAGAACAGGUUAAAAGGACGACGAAAAAACAAGAGAAGAAAGGAUGAAGUAGAAGUUGAGCAAUCGGUGUGGCAAAAAUAUAAGAAUUUUAUCGUACUGCCAGUGUGUGGAGUUGCUGUUGUGAUGCUUGCGUGGCUCAUGGCUUACAACAACUGAAAUAAUUUGAUCUAUUGUAAUAUACGUCUGUUGGGCUUUAGGUACCUCUUAUUGCUAGAAUGUUAGUCUGUAUAUAAUAGAACUUCAUGUUCAUAGUUCAGUUGUAUGUUUAAUGGAUGUCAUGAGGGAAAAACAAAAAGCAUGUGAAGCUUUUAAAUUUUAGCCAACAGCACAAGAAUAUAAAUUCAAAGUAGAAUGGUUUAAAGUUGUACAGUGCAUGUAGUCAUGCAGUCAAUCCUGCCCAGUUUCACCAGCUCUGUUUUUAAUAUAUUGUAUUUCUCAUUAACUCCACUUUGCAAUGUUAAGCAUAGAUUUUUUAAAUGUAGUUGUACCGCAUACCGGGACAUUUGUAAAAUGAGGUUAAAUUGAGCCAUAUUUGCAGUAAAUCAACAUAGUAUUUUUGCCACUUUAAUAAGCAGAGGCCGCUCUAUGUAUGGCAAAUUUCUGGGCAGCUGCCUAGAAAGGAAGCUUUAGUCCAGCUGCUUCUCUGUGAUGAUGGGAGACAGUCAGCCCAAAUUUGAGUGGUGGUGUGACCCUAGGUUGCACUACCACUUUCUCAGAUUUGGCCUGGUCACGUUUCAGUGAUGUGAAGGCAGUGCACUGAAGUGUUGCCUAGGGCAGCAGAUUGCCUUGAGCUGCCACUGUUAAUAAAGGUUAGUAUUUUUAUUCUUUGAUUUAGAUAAAUCAUAAUUCAUACAAAACAAAAUAGGAAGGUCCAUCCUUCGGCAACUUUAAUCAUCAUUUUAUCGAUAUAGAAGUUCAAAUGGUUUAGAAGACUUGGACUUUCCACAGUGGAAAUGCCAGCUUUCCUCACAGAAGAUUUAUUUACUUUGCUGGCGCUAUCACAAACAGUACAGUGGGUUUUACAUCAUUACUUUUCAAAUGCUUAAUUUUCC